GAACAUUGCGCUUAUUUUGGUAUAUUUGGUGUUGUUGUGAUUGCGCUGUAGUUUUUCAUAGCUGAUCAAGUGACUUUCCAGAUAGUGCUAGCAAAUUUUCGCACCUGCUGUGCUAUGCAUAGCUCACUAUCUAUCUGAAUGGGCAUGCCAUUUUGGGAAGUUGUAAAUUUAGCUAUUAUUAACUAUGAGGUAGGUUUACGCAUAUGUCAGCACUAGCUGUUGCGUUAUUGCUAGAGAGUUUGAUAGAAGCUAAUUUUAAAAAUUAGCUAGGUAGCCACCUCUAGCUUGCGAGUUAGAACCAUAGACUGUGGGGGGAAAUUGUGGAUGUCUCAUGGUUUUAAGAAUAGCUGUUUCACCAUAUUUUCACCAUACUCAAAAUAUAUUUUUAUGUAACAUUACUACAUUUAAGUAAAACAGUCGUGAUUCAGUCGUCACUGUUGUGAUUAUGCUAAUUGUUAUGAAGCCGAUAAUAUCUUAAAUAACGUUAAUUAACUCCAUAGGUCGGGGACAGCGCCUUAGAUUCCAUACGGCGAGAUGUAAUUGGUGGGAGAGGAUGAAAAACGUGAGAUUCCCCCAAUCUGGAAAACCAGACGAGCUGGGCGGAACGUCCGUUCUGUAAACACGACACUCGGCGGAAGUUGCGUCCCAGCCUAGCAGCCGUCUCGCAUAGUGGUGUGUCAGUAAACAGGUCUCGUACUGGCCUGAAUACUGGGGCAUAGCGAAACGGUAGCGAACCACAGCCGGAGGGAAAAUUAGCCGAGAAGGAUCUCGCGAAGGCGGAACAACACAAUGCCGCACAAUUUCCAGCCGGGGGACCUGGUGUUCGCCAAAAUGAAGGGGUACCCCCACUGGCCGGCCAGGAUUGAGGAUGUAGCUGAAGGGGCGGUGAAACCACCGCCGAACAAGAUCCCCAUCUUCUUCUUUGGGACCCAUGAAACGGCAUUCCUUGCACCGAAGGACCUGUUCGCCUACGAGAAGUACUGCGAACGCUACGGGAAACCCAACAAGAGGAAGGGCUUCAACGAGGGAUUGUGGGAAAUCCAGAACAACCCGCACGCAUCAUACACGACGCCCGCUCCAGCUAGCUCUUCUGACAGCGAGACGGGGGCCAAUGAGGACGGAGCAGGAAGUGAUGCGGAGGAGGAAGCAGUGGUGCCCAGGAAGUCGGAGACAGGAAGUGAUGUGGAUUCUGAGUCUGGGAGUGAGGAUGGAGGAAGAGGAGGGGUGAAGAGGAAAGCUCCUGCUGUGAAGCGCCCCCCGGUGAAGCGAACGCGCGGGGGCUCUUCCAGCGACCGGGACGGCUCGGAGGAGGAGAGCGGCUCGCCCUCGGAGCCCGAGCCCACCCCCAGCUCGGGCUCCGAUUUCGGGAAGAACAGCGACCAGGACUUCACCCCCGACGUGAAGGCCGGGCCCAAGGGGGGGCGGAAGGGGGCGGGCCGAGGGAGGAGGAAGAAGCCGACCUCCGACUCUGACUCCGCCUCCCGGUCAGAGGACGAGGGGGGGAGGAGCGAGACGGACGUCAAGCCCCGCCCCGCUCUGUCCGGGUCCGAGUCCGGGUCCCGGUCCGGGGGCUCCAAGUCCAAGUCCGGCUCCGACUCCGACCUCGACCCCCCGCCGAGGAAAGGCCCCCAGGGGCGCAAGAAAGAAAAGCCGCCCCCGAAGCCUCGUGUACGCAAGCCCAGGCCCGCCCCAGUCAGAGCUCCCUCCUCUUCCUCUUCAUCAGACAGUGACAGCGACAGCGAGCCGGACCGCAUCAGCGAGUGGAAGCGGCGGGACGAGGAGAAGAAGCGGGAGCUGGAGGAGCGCAGGAAGAGGGAGGAGGCCGAGGAGCUGAGGAGGCUGAGGGAGAGGGAGAAGGAGGAGGACGAGGAGAGGAGGAGGGAGAAGGAGAAGGCCGCGGCCAGAGCAGCAGGAGGGGGAGGCGGUAGCGACAGCAGCUCGGACGAGGGUCCCGACAACCAGCGAGUCAAAAAGACCAAGAAGCCCUCUCCCGCUCCCAUCCCCGCCCCCUCUGACUCAGACUCCGACGCCCCGCCCCGGGCAGAGGUGAAGAAACCUGGGAAGCGUCCGGACAGUCAGAAGAAAGGGAGGUCAAAGAAAGAGAAGGAGGGAAAGGAGAAGAAGGAGAAUGAGAGGAAGAAGAAAGCUCAGCGGAUGGAGGAACCACGGAGGAGGCCCUCCAGGUCUGAAAGGCCCAAACGCAAGCCAGAGCGCCCCCUGGAGAAGAAGCGAGAACCAACCCCAGCGGAGAGACUACAGAAACUGCACACCGAUAUUAAAUUUGCACUGAAGGUGGACAGUCCGGAUAUCGAGCGCUGUCUGCAGGCCUUGGAGGAGCUGGGCACCGUGCAGGUGACCAGCCACCUGCUGCAGAAGAACCCGGACGUGAUCGCCACGCUCAAGAAGAUCCGCCGUUACAAGGCCAGCAGUGCGGUGAUGGAGAAGGCCAGUCAGGUCUACAACAAGCUCAAGCUGCAGUUCCUCAAGAAGACAGAGGGGGCGGUAAAGUCCCCGACAGAAGACAAGAGCAAGCCGGACAGUGAGGAGAUCCAGAACACGGACUUGGCGUCCGUGAACGGUGAGAGCGAAACCCAGAAGCUAGAGGACAGCCAAUCGGCACACAGCCCCAAGUCACCUGACCAAGAAAUGGACAAGGAGAACAAGGAACAAGCAGCCCCUGCCCUCGUCAGCUCAAAUCCCAGUAGCCCGGUCGAGCAUCAGACGCACAGUGAUGACAUCACGGAUUGCACUGUUCCCAUAGAGACCGAAAGGCCAGUCAUUGAGAGCUGAAGAGGCCUUUUUAAAAAGAUUUUAAAAAGGGGAGGGGUUUAUAUCUGUGGGAAGAGAGAUUAACUUUGACUGAAUCUUGCAUUGUCAGGACAUUGUCCUUUUAUCAACUACUUUUGUUUCCUUGACUUUUAUACUGCAGUUGAACCCCGCACACACUGUCCCAUCAAACCUUCCGGUCCACCUUUCCCCCCUCAUAAAAUCCUAACAAUGUAACGAACUCAUAUUGUGUAUAAAUAGCAGAAUCGUGGUUUUUAGCACCUUGGAACAGGAUUUGAGAGAAAGGAGAGAAAGAAAUGGGAGGGAACUGUUGAUGUGAAUGUCUUUGAGACUUUUUGUUUCUAAUUGUGCAGUUACAACACCCUACCUUAUUGUAAGGGGUGGCGCUGUUGUCAGUGUCAGUAAAAAUCUGUCUGUUGCCUUUAUUGAUUUAUCCUUACUUACCAAAGGGGACUGAAGGAGGGAGAGGUGGUUAGAUAAUAUAAAGUAAAGAACAGAUUGGAUUCAGAAGUUGUUUUUGAACAUAUUAUUAUUAUUAUUAGUUUGUCUGACUUAAUGUCAGUCAUGAAGAUGACUAAUUUUUUGUCUUAUCGAAGAACCUUCCAAUGUUUUUUUUUUUUUUUUUUCAGAUAACUGCUGCAAAUUGGUUUUGUGCUCUUCCUGAAUACUGCAUACAGUACUACCCUGUACUGACUGUGUCCUCUGGUCUUCCUUUAAUGUCCCAUUACCCACAAUGCACAUUUAUUUGGGAGAGGUACUUGCACUGUGUAUGGUUCCGUUAAACAUGACUUGUUACGAUCAGAUAAAUGUAUGCGGCAUUAAGACGC